AUGGACGCCGAGGGCCCCGAAGUUGGUACCCCGGGAUCUCCUGCUGCGCCGCGACGAGCUUGCGACCAAUGUAGGCUUAGGAAGAUCCGCUGCGACAAGGAAUCCCCGUGCUCCAACUGCCGGAGCGCUAGAAGGGACUGCAGUUCCACGGGAGCUGGCCAGAAACCGAAGGAACCACGGCAGCGAGUGUUGAUAUCGAGCCAAUAUGAGCGGAAGAUCGACCUUAUAGAGGAGCGGCUCGGCGGUAUCGAGACGCUGCUACGAAACCUCACCCCUUUAUCAUCCUCAAACUCGCCCGCUCGGGAGUCCCGUUCUCGGCGGCCCUCCGGAAAGUCGACACCGUUAUCCGGGGGCAACGUGGAUGAUGCAUACAGCGCUACCUUUGACCCGGAGGAUGCAGGCGACUUCGAAGGGAACUCGUCGUUGGCGGCGCAUACGGCGUUCGCGAGCGAGUUCCUCGAGAAUGUGGUCCAGCACACCCCACUUCCGCGGCAGGGAGGCGGCUCCAAGAUGGAGGCGGCGUUGUCAUCGCUACGGAAAAUUGUCAAUAUGCAAGAGAACCGCCGGGCUGUGUCGUCUUUCUACCGCUGGCCAGGCCAGAAGCAGGCGCACCAGCUAGGCAUACGCGAACUUCCCCUACCUCCUAUGGAGUUAGUGGCAGAUAAGCUGCGAGUGAUGAAACAUGGCCCAGUUCCCUUGAUGCUUGCCGUCCUCUAUUGCUUCAUAGACGUCGAGAAAUUCACCGACCAAUGUCGCCGCAUUUACUUUGAUGCCGACGACGUCACAGAUGCGACAAUUAUCCUUGUUAAUGCUGGGAUCGCGUACUUGUUCUUCGAAGCGGGAUUGAAUGUCGACGAUCCCAAGGAAAAAGCUCAGUAUGAAACGUACUGGAAUAUGUGCCAGAAGAACCUAGAUACGGUGCUGGCGCAGCUCAACUUCCUCAUGCCAGCGACGCUCGAGAAUCUGGAAGCAUUGCUUAUGGCUGCCAGCUUUUCGAUUGAUGUUUCGCGACCUUCCCUAUCGUGGGUGCUAGUAUCACAGGCCGCUCAUAUGUGCCGGACGCUUGGUCUGCACCAAGUCGGCUCCAUGAAGAACGACAGCCCACAGAGAAGAGCCGAAAAGUCGCUACUGUUCUGGUGCACCUACAUGCUAGACAAAGGGCUCUCGCUACAGCUCGGCCGCGCGUCUGUCCUGCAGGACUACGAUAUCUCACUGCCACACAUCGCCCCUGAAGGCCACGCGGCCUAUCCGGGGACGGAAGUAAUGACUUUUUGGAUCAAGCACGCACAAAUCCAAGGAAGGAUUUACGAACGUUUGUACAGCCCCGGUGCGCUAAGGCAGGCCGAAAAGUACAGAACCGAGCAGGCCAAUAUCUUGGCUACGGAACAGAAGCACCUCAUGCAACAAAGUCAGGAGGUGAUUGCCGGAUUUCAAUCAUCUACGGCCAUCGAUAGCCGCAUGUUUGCCCUGAUGCUGAAGUCGGACGAGGUCUCGUACUUGUCCUCCCUGGCGCUUAUCUAUCGGGCGAUGCCGCCUAUGGGAAACCGCUCGCGGACCUUUUCGGAUGAAUGUAUCGACACGGCCAGGCAGGCUAUGCGUUGCCACCAACAGUCCAUGGCUAUGAUGGAAGAGCAGUCACUGAAGAUAAUGUAUAUCCAUUGGACGAUCAUCUAUGCUCCCUUUAUUCCAUUCAUCGUCAUGUUCUGCCUGGUAAUCGAAACGUGCUGCGAGGAGGAUUUGCAGUGCCUAGCGGACUUCGUUCAGUCGCUCGAGACCGCCUGUGACGUGUCUUCCUCCAUAAAAAAACUGCAUCAGCUGUGCCGGGUGCUAUAUAACGUUGCGCAGGUGUACAUUGAGGCGAAAGCACAGUUGCCCGUCGACCAGGGUAUGGUUCCGGUCGGCAACGAAUUCAACAUGUACCUCAGCCAACUCGGCUUCAUCCCUGUAGACGAGACCAUGACGGGCAACAUUGAUCUCAGCGGUGUCGAUGACCAGGCCAGGUCGAUGGCGCAGUCGGCAUAUCUCGGCGACUGGUUUUCGGGUAAUAACUAUAUGCUAGGACUAUUAGAGGAGGACCUAUCUGGGAUCAACCCGUUAAGUUGGCGGUCGUAAAUCGAAACGCGAAACGUGUUGCUGGAAUCCAAGAUGUGCCUGGGAAGGAUAUAAUGGAAAGGGGCCGUGUAAAUCGCGGCUCAAUGAGCGAUGAUCUCGGACGGGCGUACUGAACCAAGGGUAUACUGGAUAUCCCCGCUCUGGGCAGGCUAUACUUGAAAUAAUAUCACGAGGACUGUAACAGAGUAGCAGGGGACCCAGAAAAUUGCGUAUUCGUGUCUCGCUUU